AAUUUUACUCUCUCUCUCUCCUUUACCCUCCUAUUAGGGUUUAGGCCUUCUUCUUCUCCAACUCAACCUGCAACACAUUCAUUCUAAAGAAGGAGAAAGAGUCGUUGAAAUUAGAAGAUUCAUCUUUCAAUCCGCACAGGAUCCUCGAAGGCCUAAUUUGAAUUCUUCUUCAAACCCAUAAUCGUUUAUCCCUAACAAUGACGAAGAACAAAAAGGGUUCCUCGAAUCAACCCCUACCAAUUACAGAACACACAGUAGUGGUAGUAAAAGAGAAGAGCAGUUCUGGUUCUGCAAAAAAGAGGGGGAAUGAGAUCGAUGAUAUAUUUGCAGGGAAGAAAAGGAAGAGAGUUGAGAAUAACAACAAGUCAGAGAAAUCGAAGAAUGUAACACCUGCAACUGUACCCAACAAAACGGUGAAGAAACAGAAGAAAAAGGAGGAUGGUGGAGAUACUGGAAAGGGUAAUAGAUCUUCUGAAAAGGUUUCACAAUCCAAGAAGAAGAAGAAGACAGGUGAUGGACUUGUUAUUUAUACCGAAGAGGAAUUGGGUAUUGGAAAACCUGAUGCUGGAGGUACUAGACUUUGUCCAUUUGAUUGUGAUUGCUGUUUUUGAUUGUAGUUUGAUGAUUUUUGUUUACCUUAAUUUUGAUGUUGUUGUUGAGGAGGAACAUUUAUUUUAUUAUA